ACGUCUAAUGUAGGUCUCGAGAGUGAGUGGUCGCCGGUCCACGCGAGACACAUUCACGCAAUGAUCGCUAGUUACACAUUGCGACCCUGCUAGAGGGAGUUGGAGUACUUCUCGAGAUUAAAAUCGCUCUCCUCGCCCAACCUCUUCCUUCUUAGAUCGUCCACGAUGUAUAUACCCCAAACGAAUCAUCACGAUCCUAACCCCUUGGCUUCAACCACAACAUUAAGGGACGGUCUGACAUGCGCACACGACUUUAUCAGAUGUCACAAUUCCCUUUUAUCGAUCGAAUCCAUCCCACUUUUGGUACGGAGGCUUUUUACCGAUAGCCUCAGCCUCUUCUCGGCUACACUUGACCCCACGUCAAGGCUAGGGAAGCGAUCGGGAGCCGACAUAAACACUACGAUUGGCGUCGUUGUCGGCGUACUUCUAGCAGUUUUCUUAAUUGGCGCCGGGGUGUUUUUAUAUUUCUACGGGAGGUCAAUUCGGUUUACGAAAAAGAGGCAUCGCCACCGCAAGUCAUCUGCAUCGAGAAGCACCAAGAAUUCUGAAGGUACCGCGGGCGCCGGCGGCGAUCCCCCAGCUGCAUGACAUAAUAAUUGACGCCCAUUCCAAUCCUGGAUAUUAAUUACGGAGUAUGUGGUUCGGAAAAUUCGUUGAGAUUGGAUGCCAAUGUCCUCCAAGGGAUAGUGGGAAAGCAGCAUGAAGAGGGCAUCUCAAUCCAUUGGAAGCUUGUCGCGCAUUUACAGACCGGCUUACACAGUGGCCAACAACAGAAUUGGUGGCUUCUAGUCUUGUAUUACGAACAAUGGUGUUUUGGAUCAAGUUUAUUGUGUUUGUAAG